AUGCAACUUGAAAUCGACGAGUUGAAAAGGGAAUUGCGCCACGCACGGCGAAGAUGUUCAUCACCGAACUCCGAGCUGUCCUCCGAGGAGACAGAUGGUGCUAGUGAUAGACGGAGAUCCAGGACUCCACCCAGCGAGUCUUUCUCCUAUGACGAGGAGUACCACCAUAGACGUAGAUAUAAGAGCCCGCCUCGCAAAGGCCUGGGGAAUGAUGCCAUGAACAAGGCGUUAAGUCAAAACUCUAAAUCACCCUUCACACGAAACAUAGAAGGCGGGAGUCUUCCUUGGCGAUUCCAUCAACCCACAUUCACCAUUUAUAAUGGUCGAAUAGAUCCGGUGGAACAUGUCAGUCACUUCAAUCAAAGGAUGGUUGUUCAUUCCAAAGAUGAGGCUUUGAUGUGUAAGGCCUUUCCAUCUAGGUUGGGUCCUGUGGUGAUGAGGUGGUUUAAUGGUUUAAGGGCGAAUUCCAUUGACUCCUUUAAGAAGCCUACUCGGGCCUUUGGCGCUCGCUUUAUCACUUGUAGCAGGGUUCCUUGGCCUUUGGGUUCUUUAUUAUCUAUGUCCAUGCGAGAGGGGGAGACUCUAAAGACCUACUCGGAUAGAUAUUGGGAGAUGUUUAACGAAAUAGACGGGGACUAUGACGAUGUAGCCAUUAGUACUUUUAAGGCUGGCCUUCCAACCGAGCAUGAUUUGAGGAAAUCUCUGACUGGUAAACCUGUUACUAGUGUGCAUUAA